AUUUUGUUUGUCGUGACGUACUCGGAAGUGUGCUCAGCUGCUGCAGCUAGCAGCGGCUAACAGCUCCGACAGAGACACACAGCAGACAGUGUGUCCGUGGAUGGAAGUUUGCAGCUCCACGAUGGGACCGGAGAGAGUCUUGCCGAACUCUGAGGACGAGCUGGGGGAGGACGAGCGCCCGGCCGACGGAGCGCUGCUGCCCGUGUGGAGUGGGGGGGAGGGAGGGGGUGAGGAGGAGGAGGUGGGAGAGAUGGAGCUGGAGGGAGAGGAGGAGGAGGAGGAGGAAGAGGAGGAGGAGGAGGAGAACAGUGGAGGGUAUUAUUACCAACCUCUGAACCAGGACCCUGAAGGCGUGAACGGCGGCGAGCAGCCGGGGGAGGAGAGGGGGGAGGAGGAGGAGCCCUCCCCCACCGAGCAGGUGCAGCACAGGAUACAGGUGAUGGGUCUGCACCUGCCUGAAGCUCCGCCCCCAGAGAGCGACGAGGAGGACGACCCUGAGGGGGCGGCGGCCCAGAGGAGCCGAGCCUCCAUCCCCAUGGACGCAGGUCACGUGGAGCUGGUGAAGAGGACGAUGGCGGCUGUGGCGUUGCCGUCUCUGGCCGUGCCGUCGUGGGCCACAGAGAUCUCAGACGACCAGUGGAAGGACAUGGUCCAGAGCACGCUGCAGAGCCGGCAGAGCGCCGGUGCCCUGCGCCUCACCCGCAGGGGCAACAUCAACGGUCCCUGAACGCACCGCCACAGCUUCAUCAAUCUUUACUGACUCUCUACUGUCCCUGAACGCACCGCCACGGCUUCAUCAACCUCUACUGACUCUCUACUGUCCCUGAACGCACCGCCACGGCUUCAUCAACCUCUACUGACUCUCUACUGUCCCUGAACGCACCGCCACGGCUUCAUCAACCUCUACUGACUCUCUACUGUCCCUGAACGCACCGCCACGGCUUCAUCAACCUCUACUGACUCUCUACUGUCCCUGAACGCACCGCCACGGCUUCAUCAAC